UACAUACAGUUAAUGUCGAAAACAACAAUGUCGAAAAGUAUUGCGGAAUCGUGGGGAUCUGUAAACGAAAUGCCAUUCAAAUCAAUUAAAAGAAAUACAACAACGAGAACAAAACAAAUUGAAUGUAAAAAAACAUUGAAACGCUUACAUAAGUAUGUUUUGUCUGAUGUAUGGUAAUACAUUAGUCGGCAAAAUUUACUACAAAACGGCAAGAUUCCGUAAAUUGUCAGUAUGUUGUUGAUUUGUUGGAUAUGUUGGACCGCCUAAAAUAGCUAUUUUAAACAACAUAGUUAUUUUAAGACAAUGAUGUCAAUGGAGUAGCUACUAUUUAAUGUAUUGUAAUGUGUUGGGUAAUCGAUUAAUGAAAUUUGUCAACCAAAAAGAAAUUGUAUAUUUCAUUGUCUCAGGCUUUAACGUUUUGGGUGUAUUUAUGAAGAAUUGGGAUGAAUUUGAUGAAAUGGGAAGAUGCUCAGGCGAACAGGAUUUGUUGGAUGCUGAAUACACUUGCAAUAAAUUAAAUAUUGAGUUGCGUCAGGUCAAUUAUGUUAAAGAUUAUUGGAAUUCUGUGUUUACGAGUUUCCUGGAAGAUUAUCAAAAUGGAUUAACUCCCAAUCCGGAUAUUCUUUGUAACAAACACAUCAAAUUUGACUUGUUUUAUAAACAUGCCAUCGAAAAUCUAGGAUAUGAUGCCAUUGCGACUGGACAUUAUGCUAAAACAAAUUUUGGUUCCUUUUUAGAGAACUAUCAGCAUAAUGAAGAUGUUAAUUUACUUAUACCAAGAGACAAAUUCAAAGAUCAAACAUUUUUCCUAUCGGGCAUUGAAAGAAAUUCAUUGAGGAAGACGAUGUUUCCCUUAAGUGAGCUUCUAAAGAGCGAAGUAAAGCUGAAGGCGAAAAAAAUUGGUUUGGAGCGUCUUACACAGAAGAAGGAAAGUACAGGAAUUUGUUUUGUAGGCAAUAGAGAUUUUAAAGAAUUUAUUAAAGAGUAUAUUAUUUCAAAACCGGGUCAAUUUAUCGAUAUUGAUACAAAUCAAGUGGUAGGACAACAUGAGGGCAUACAUCAGUGGACAGUGGGACAACGUUGCCGACUAGCCUCAUUCCUUAAGCCGUACUUUGUGGCACACAAAGAUGUUCUCACAAAUACGAUCUUUGUUGCUUCUGGCCAUGACCACCCAGCCAUGUUGAGUGAUAAAAUAUUUGCAAGCAACGUUAAUUGGUUGUGCCAAGAUCCAUUUGAAGAUCCCGACAAUAUAUUGGAAUGUCGAUUUCGUUUUCAACACACGAAACCAUUAGUAAAAUGUAGAAUUUAUAGGAAAUCUAUAGAAAAUCAAGUUGAACUAAUUGUAUUACUAGAUAAACCACUAAGAGCUGUUACCCCCGGUCAAUAUGCAGUUUUUUACAGUGAUAAUGGGUGUCUAGGAUCAGCGCGCAUUGUAACUGCCACAAAUAUAAAAGAAACCGAAUUAUUUAGUAGCAAAUUGGAAAAUUCAUGACAAUUUUUAAAUAAUCGAUUA